UUAAGCCUAGCUGUGUGUGUGUUAAGGAACCGUCCGCCCUUCCUUGCUGCAGGAAACGCGUUCUGACGAUUCUGACGUACAGAAACGCAAGUCUUACAGACCUCUGUGUUAAUUAGGGUUUUAACUGUUUUAACGACACUAGACACACUGUCUUACUAAAUUAUCCGUCUUUGCUACUGGUGGAGAAAAACACAACAACCCUGAGAGACAGACGACAGGGAAAUAAGCAGCGUUAGUCAUGGCUGAACUCCUGAAGCUACUGCUGCGAGUGGCUGAAAAAGCAGCCAACGUGGCUCGGGUCUGCAGACAGGAGGCCCCGCUGUUUCAGCUCCUUGUUCAAGAGAAGACCGGAGAUGACAAGAACAAGAAGUUUGUUCAGGACUUCAAGACACUUGCUGAUGUGGUGAUCCAGGAGAUGAUCCGGCAUGACGUCGGUGUUCAGUUCCCUGAAAUGGUUGGUUUCAUUCAUGGAGAGGAAUCCAACAAGUUUGAAAAUGGACUUGGAGAGAAUGUGACGGUGACGGUUUGCGCGACAGAAGAGGAGACCGCGACUUUGCUGGCCUCGGUGCUGGAUGGUGACCACAUAGCAGCGUCUCUACUUGCUCGAGCCAUCCACCAAAACCCUGCGACCAUUGACACCGACACAGACAGUCUGACCGUGCCCCUAAAGCCCUCUGAGCUCGGCAUCUGGAUCGACCCCAUAGAUGCCACCAGCCAGUACAUAGAGGGCCGAGAGGAGGUGCUGCAGGAGGGUCACCUGUCUCCCUCAGGUCUGCACUGUGCCUUGGUUCUGAUCGGAGUUUACCUCCGGGACACAGGCGAGCCAGUUAUGGGCGUCAUCAACCAGCCAUUUAACUACAAAGACCCAACAGAUGGAGGCUGGAGGGGGAAACACUUCUGGGGUGUGUCCUGUGGUGACCUCAACAUCUGCUCACUGUGUCCCCCCAAACGUGGACCUGAACGGGGGCAGAGUCUCUCAGUGGUGCUCAGCUCCAGUGAGAAGCAGGUAGUUAAGGAAUCCCUGACUUCACUGUGUGGCCCUGAGAAGUUGAUAUACGCGUCUGGAGCCGGUUACAAGAUCCUGUGCGUCAUUCAGGGCCUUGCCGACGUCUACGUCCUCUCAGAGGGCAGCACCUUUAAGUGGGACUCCUGCGCCCCUCACGCUUUGCUCCGAGCCCUCGGAGGAGGAGUAGUGGACCUGACGAAGAGACUGCAGUGCAGCUCUGGAGCGCAGGAUCACCUGACAGAACUGACCUAUCACCAGGCUAACACUGAGUGUAGAGGAGCUGACCGCUGGGCCAAUCAUGGAGGCCUGGUGGCUUAUCGAGACUGUGCCCAGCUCCGCAGCAUCAUAGAAGCCCUGAAAGGCAAGUUGUAGUUGGGCGUUCAGUGGAUGUAAUCAGCAGAUGCUGCCAUAUUUUUUGUUGCGUAUAUGAUCAUGUGGUUUGGUUGGUGUUCUCAAUGAAGGACAAAAUAUUUUAAUUAUAAGGAAUAGUCUAUUUUUAACCAUAUAUAUAUAUAUAUAUACAUAUCCAGUAUAUACAGUAUGCAAGUGUAUCAUUUACAAGGUGAAGUGUUUUACAAGGUCUGAGCCAAGUAAUAAUUGGUUUGUGGACAUUCAGGAGAAGUAAACAUUUAACAAAUGAGUCUUCUGAUCGUGAAAAGCCCAUAGGACUUUAGAUUGUUUAGAAAACAAAUGACAAGAUCUAUUAUUUCGCACACAAAAGUGCUUGUAUUUAAGAUUUAAGAACCUGAAACCUCACCCUGACAUGAUUUUGUUGAAGUAUCAAUUACAAAUAAAGCACAAAACACUUGCUUGUCAAA